AUGCAAGAACUGACGAAUAAAGCUGAUUCGCACCAUUUUACUUCAACUUGUAGCCCAAUCAUGCGCAUCAGAUUCGGACAAUGUCAGCUCCUGUUAAGAUUAACGGCUCACCAUUACUUGCUUGUCAUUUUCCGAUUUACCCUCGUGAGUGCAAACGAACAUGUUCUGUGUUGCACACUGACCGUGGCUGUCGUAGCCUCCGUACAGGCUGGUGAAAGUCGUUUGGCCAAAUACCUUCCGUGCAUUCGACGAAAGUCAAAGAGAAGCGACUCAAAUGUAGCUGGAACGCCUGCUGACAUUUACAUGGUUUCGGAUGCUACCCCAGAUAAGAAGAUAACUAAUGGUGACGAGCGCGGCGCAACAACCUCUCAAAAUCGCCCAUCUGCCUCGUUAAUCGCACGUGAUGGCCCUGAUAACCAAGUCAAUGAGGUUUCCGACUUUUUUCUUGCCGAUCGUGGUAUGCAGUGGUACUUUGUGGGUGGUGCCUUGUUCGCAAGCAAUAUUGGUGCUGAGCACUUUAUCGGCAUGGCAGGCGAUGGUGCCAGGCGCGGUAUUGCUGUAGCUAUGUACGAGUGGUAUGCAGCCAUUUUAAUCUUAUGUUUGGGUUGGCUCUUUUCCCCUAUUUACCGUCGCAGCGGCGUCUACACAACACCUGAGUUUCUUGAAUACCGUUUUGGCGCUCCUUGUCGCCACUACUUGUCACUAAUUACGGUCAUCAUGUAUGUUAUGACAAAGAUGAGCGCAAGCAUUUAUGGAGGUGCAAUUGUGUUUCAAGCGACAUUAGGAUGGAAUCUAUACGUUGGAGCGGGUGCCUGCAUCGCUCUUAGUGCCACGUACAGUAUGGCCGGUGGCUUACGUGCUGUCAUGUAUACUGAUUUAUUUCAAAUGUGUGUGUUUUCAUUGGGUGGUCUUGUGGUAUUUUCGUACUCAAUGAAACAAAUUGGUGGUUUUGACGGGAUCCGUGCAAACCUGGCUAAUCAAAAUCGGUCAGAAUGGUUCCAUCUCUGGAAACCAACCAACGAUCCAGAUUAUCCAUGGACUGGUAUGAUUUUUGGUCAACCACUGGGUUCAAUUUGGUAUUGGUGCAUGGAUCAAGAUCUUGUGCAGCGUGUCCUUUCUGCCAAGGAUACAGCUAAUGCAAAAGCUGGGUGCUCGUUUGCCAGUAUGUUAAAGGUGCUUCCACCGUUUUUGAUUGUUAUUCCGGCCAUUAUCGCUAGUAUCUACUUUGACUUCAGUAAAAUUGAAGACGGUACAGACGCUGCGUAUCCGACCUUGCUGAUGGAGAUGAUGCCGCAUGGAAUCAUUGGGCUAAUGAUUUCUAGUAUCAUUACUGCAAUGAUGGCAAGUCUUGCAUCCGUAUUCUCUGCUGGUUCCUCAGUUGUGACAAACGACAUUUAUCUCAAAUUCCGGCCUGAUGCUUCACAUAAGCAGCUGGUGUGGGUAGGUCGUAUGAGCAUCUUUUGCUUUGCCGUACUGAGUUUCUGCUGGAUCCCUAUUAUGCGCAAUGGUACGGGUCUCUACGAGCAGAUAGUCGAAAUUCAAAGCUACUUGACCCCUCCAAUUGGGAUUGUGCUUGUACUUGGCGUUACAUGGAAACCAGCGAAUGUGUACGGAGCAUUCUCAGCUAUGGUCGUGGGAGGAAUGCUUGGAUUUACACGUCUGAUUUUCGUGACGAUCAAUGACGAUAGCUUAGAUGGGGAUCUACCGGGGUUUUUAAAUACGUUUUUUUACAUGAACUUUCAACACUUUGCUUUAUUGCUAUGGACUACUGCUUUAUUGGUGUGCGUCGUGGUAAGCUUACUCACGCAACACAAGAAGCCUCCAGCCGCGGAUGUACGCAAGUACAUGAUCCACUGGGACAAAGUGUUUAAACUUGACGCCACGGAGCUCGCCAAGCCCAUGUGGAUAAACACCCUUGUCGCUGGUAGCGGUCUUGCUGCUCUCGCUGUCACAUUUAGCUUGUGGGUGUACUUCUCGUAG